GGCGGCGGGCCAGCGGCUGGGGCAGCAGGCCGGGGCCGGCGGGGGGCCGCUGCGGGCGCUCUCGGUGCAGCAGCCCUUCGCCUUCGCGAUCCUGUGCGGCGCGAAGGCGGUCGAGAACCGCUCCCUGCGGCCCGACCGCAUGGGGCUGAGGCUGCCGGCGUACGUCGCGCUGCACGCCUCGGCGAGGCCGGCGCGCGGGGGUGCAGGCACCCACGCCGCCGUGGCUGAGAGGCUCCGGGAGGCCGGCGUGGCGCUGCCGCCGGCCGAGGAGCUGCCGCUGGGCGUGCUGCUCGGGGUGCUCCGCGUGGAGGCGUGCGAGCCGCCGCUGGAGAGCGACCAGGGUUGGGCCCUGGCGGGGCGCUACCGGUGGCGCAUCUCGGACGUGCGUGCGCUGCCGCGGCCCAUCCGGUGCAAGGGCCAGCAGAACCUCUGGCGCGUCCCCGCCAGCGUGGCGUGGCGACUGCGGAAGCUGCUGCCGCCCGCAGGCCCCGCUACUCCUGGCGACCCAGGGGCCGACGCCGUGCGCCUCGAGAGCGCGCCGGCGCCCGCGCCCUCGGUGCGAGCGCCCUGCGCCCGCAGAGGCGCGGCCGCCGGGGCUGGCCGAACGGGCGCCGCCGGCGCCACCGCCGGCCCGUCCGCGGGCCCGGGCGUGGGCGCCGCGUGCCCGGGUUGCGGCGGGCCGACGGACGCCGGCGGCGCAGGCCGCGCGGGCACGCCGAUCUGCUGCGGAUCGUGCACGGCGCUGUGGAGCGCGCGGCGCGGUCUCGCGUUCUCGCGCGGCGAGCUCCUGUGGUGCGUCGGCUACGGUCCCCGAUGGCCGGUGCAGGUCGAGUGCAUCGGCUUCACGUCCCCAGACGACGCGAGCCCUUACUGGGUGCGCUUCUUGGGGGACGGCAAGCGCGCAUGGGUUCAGGAUUGAGCGCAAACUGCUCGCGUGGGAGAUGAGCGCCGUGCGCAUGCCACACGGAAGGAGCCAGAGAGGCAGCUGUGCUCUUUCCGCAAGGCGCUCGCCGAGGCAGAGCACAUACUCUCCGGAAAGGCCGCUGCCGCGGAGCCCGAGCAGCUGGCUCCCCCAGGGGGCGCGGGCACGGCAGCGGCACCCGGUGCCGACGCCGACGCGUAGAGGUCGCGCGAGUCCAGGCGGGCUCCGGCUGGCUGCGACAGGAAUUGGCCGGCGGCCGCCGGAGGCCCACGCCUUGGGCGCCGAGCCCGUCCGCCCACGGUUCACGGCGGGGCUCCCAUCCCCGCCGGGUGGGGCCAGCGCUGCGGUGCGGGUCCGUCCCCGUCGCCGUCCUCGCCAUCGUCCUCUCUCCCUCUCUCUCUCUCUGCCUCUCUCUCUCUCUCUCUCCCUCUCUCUCUCUCUCUUUCUCUCUCCUCCUCCCUCCUCUUCUUCCUCCUGCUCCUGCUCCUGCUCCUCCUC